AUGAACCAAAUACCUCUGUCCUUCGCUUGUGGUCUGUACGAUCGAUUGGUUCCUUUGGCAACAGGCCAGGUCAAACGUGCAGGCAUCUCCUUGAUCUUUCUUGACAUACAUCACCCCAGAGAAAUCUUUGACCGUAUGACGGGGAAUCAUGGAUUUGAUGCAUCCGAAUUAUCCAGCUCCGAGUAUAUCACCAGAUAUGCUGCUGGAGAUGUCGAGAAACCUAGAAUUUAUGGACAGCCAUCAUCUUCGCCACCGAUGAAGACAUUGAAUAUCACAAAAAAUGGGUGGCAGAAGUCUCUCAGUAAAAUGCUUCAAGAUGACGAACUGGACGCUAUCAUCAGUCCUGACAAGCCAUCAUCUAUGAAAGAAGCUUCCUACCUUCGACCGCUGUUUCCAAACUUCAAAGUAGUGGAGAUGGAAUACUUCAAGAAGACUGGCAUUUUCCUAUCAUGCACCUAG